AUGGAUGAAAAUGGAAAUAGAGUUCAUGCCACAAUUUGGGACAAUACCGACAUAGCUGUACUUGCAAUUGCUAUUGACAUACGACCCAAGAGGCUCAUACAUACUCGAGCUGGUGGGCAAGUAUAUGUUCAAGACAUUGUUCUUAUGAACAAAAGGUUUGAAACAGUUGUCCUGACAAUGUGGGAAGCUUUCGUGGAGCGAGAAUGCAUUCUUAUUGCAAACAAUAUAGCAAAAAAACCAGUCCUUGUUGGAAAUCAUUUAAAAGUUUCAUCUUUCAACGGGCUGUCUCUAUCUACAAAGACCAAUAUUUGCUUCUUCAUUGACUAUCCAUUUGAUGAAGUUACAGAACUCAGGUCAUGGUAA